CGACAUCUCAUAACCCAAUCAGUAACCGCAAGGACAGACUGUAGCUGUUACAAUUGUCUUUUCCAUAACUUUAGUUGUUUUAAUUCCGGUAGUGUUAGAAACAAUAAGCGACUUGUAUGAUUCGGUGAUUAAAUAUACUUGAAGUCAAAAUGGAUUUAAAUGAAAUCAAUGAAAUCGAAAUGGGUACUAAAAGUGAUGAUACAUAUGAAGUUAAGAAGAAUGAAAACUUAGGAAUUGUUAACCGCUGUCCAUUUAGAUCUGUUUCUAUGGAUGGAAGCGCUGGAGAUUACUUAUAUAAAACACCUUAUUCUUACGCCAGGCAGAACAGUAUAAAUGACUCAAAGGAAUAUAACGAGCUAAAAGACCAGAAAGAUAAAGACAUUGUAAAUUCCAAAUCACAAAUUGGGAUUCAUAACUCGACUUUGAAUAAAGCAAGAAAUGACAUUUCGCAAGACAGUAGAAACAUAAAAUCGUUUUAUUCUAGACAGAUCAGUGCUACAUCUGCAACGGAAAAACUACUAGAAAAAGGUACAUCUUUGGAUAGUGAGAAGAAAAUGACAGAAACUGUUCUUAUCGAGAGUGAGCAUCAGUUAGGAAGAAGUGAAAUUACAGAAGAUCCAACCUGGAAUGAGAAAAAACACUGGAGAAAUGGAGGGGUGUGUCUUUACAGUAUGUCCGGAUGUUCGUGUCUGUUGUCCGUUCUAACAAUUGGACUGGUAGUGUUCGUUUUGCUCAAGGUAUCAACUGAAAAGCAAGAAAUUGCAACAAGUAUGGGAUUUUCUCAUCCAGGCCAAACUGCCACAGAAGUAAACACUGCCGGAAGUUUCAAAAUAAACCAAACGUAUUUACGUGAGCACAAGAGAAUCGUGUGGUUAAAAGACGAAACCAGUGAAAUUAUUCCAAGCAGUGUAGAUGAUUGUCUUAAAGUGCCAUAUGGCGGGAAAUAUCUCGUGGUCUCGCGCUUUACCUUCAACAUCCUUCCCGAAGAUAACAUCACAACUAUUAUACACUUUUUCAAAUUAAAAACAAGUGCGGGUGUACAAAAGGAUGGCGGCUACAAGCGAAAAUACGUUAGCGUAUUAGAGAACAAACUGCGGACGAGCAAUGAGGUUAAGGCUAAUAAGGAGUUACGGAAACCAAGUGUUUUUAUAGAAUUUUUUGAUUUAGAUGCAAAUGACCAAAUUUGUCCGAAUGUGUCUAGUCCAAAACUUUUAUACGAAUCAAGAAUGGACAAUGACGUGAACAUAAUCAAAGUAUGAAUAUCUAUUGUAAAUAGGCAGAAACGAUUUUCAAGACUGUAUUUUUGAAUGUUUGCAGUGUCAGUCGGCAAUUUUCGUACGAUUUCGUAUCCUGACAUGACAUUUCGGCAUCCUUCGGACAUUAACAGAACAUUUUAUUUAUAAAGACCGAAGAAUUCCGAAAUCGCAUACGGAGAAUACCGUAAAAGUACGGAAAUUGCCGAUUGUCUUUACGUGUCCGUUAUCUUUCCUUCUUGAAACGAGAUCUUUGUACCAGGUGCUUCUGGAAGCAUUUUUUUUUUGCACAAUUUGUAUUUGUCAUGUUCAUUUUAAAUUGUUCUACCUCGAGUUGAUUACUCAACAAAGUACGUAGUUUAGUUAAUGUGAUUACUCUUUCUCUUUCUAUAUAUAUAUAUAAUAUUUAUAGUGGUUCUUACCAUUAAAAGUUUUUGUUUAGUGUAGUUUUAGGGAGCCUAGCCGAUAGUAUGUGGAUUCGUAUAUUUGAUGCUUUUGGCCAAGAAGGUAACCUCGUUAAUUAUCUCCGUACCUAGUAUAAUAGGGAUGGAGAACCAUCUACAUACUUACCUUACAAAGCGAUUUUAAUCGUUACCCUG